GAGGUGCGGCCUCGUCACCAUGACCAACGUGGUUAAGACUUUGCACAAUCUGCAGCCCCCCGGUGUGCUGAGCGGCGGCCCGCCCGCAGACACGCAAACUCGAGCCACUUCUAAGAGCCUGCUACCUGUUAAGUCCAAAGAAGCCAAUGUUUCCAGACUUCUUCAUUCAGGAGAUUCAGAGAAUGACAUUCCAAAAAUCACCAAACCAAGACGAGAGAAUGGGCAGGUGAAAGCUGCAGAUAAUACCAUCAGGAAGAACCUCAAAAAGAACUAUAAACCAUUGAGUAAGCAGAAAUCAGAGGAAGAUCUCAAGGAUAAGAAUCAGCUCUUAGAGGCCGUCAACAAACAGUUGCACCAGAAAUUGACUGAAACUCAGGGAGAACUGAAGGACCUGACCCAAAAGGUGGAGCUACUGGAGAAGUUUCAGGACAACUGUUUGGCAGUUUUGGAGAGCAAGGGCCUAAACUCAGUUGCUGUUAGAAACUUUGCAAGAUGAGCUGAAGCUUUUUAAUGAAACAGCCAGAAAGCAGAUGGAAGAGUUACAGGCCUUAAAAGUAAAAUUGAAGGUGAAAGAAGACGAGAGGGCGCGAUU